AUGGAAGCCGGAGGUAGCUCACUCCGGUGCUUCAGAGACUGUCAGCCCGAGGAAAAGUUCGUGGACGACGGUGUAGAGACGGUUUCUUCGGUGGAGCAGAAAAAAGUGGAACGCAGCAUCCAGGAAGUGGUCAAUGUUUACAAACAAAUUCACAGUUUACCAGAGCCCAUGUUACUCCGACAGCAGCAUUACCAGUAUCUAAAGAAAGGCUUGCGGCACCUCUCCGAGGCGUAUGAGUGUUUGGAUGCCAGCAGGCCGUGGCUUUGCUUCUGGAUUCUUCAUAGUCUGGAACUUCUGGAGGAGCCCGUCCCUUGCAGCGUGGCUUCAGAUGUGUGUCACUUCCUCUCCAGCUGUCAGAGCCCAACUGGGGGCUUCUCUGGAGGUCCGGGACAACACGCCCACCUGGCCCCGACCUACGCAGCUGUUAACGCCCUGUGCAUAAUCGGAACUGAGGAGGCCUACGGCAUCAUAGACCGUGAGAAGCUGUUGGAUUUCCUGUGGUCGGUGAAGCAGUCGGACGGGUCUUUUGUGAUGCACAUCGGGGGAGAAGUUGACGUUAGGAGUGCGUACUGCGCAACGGCCGUAGCUUCGCUCACAAACAUCAUGACGCCAAAGCUGUUUGAAAAUACCCCGAGCUGGAUACUCAGGUGCCAGAGCUGGGAGGGGGGGCUCGGUGGGGUCCCAGGCCUCGAGGCCCACGGGGGGUACACGUUCUGCGGCACAGCGGCCCUGGUUAUUCUGGACAAAGAACACAUGCUGGACCUCAAUGCUCUGCUGCGCUGGGUGGUUAGCAGACAAAUGAAGUUUGAGGGGGGAUUUCAGGGUCGUUGUAACAAACUGGUGGACGGUUGUUAUUCCUUCUGGCAAGCGGGACUCCUGCCACUGCUGCACCGAGCCUACUACAAACAAGGAGAACGUGCCCUGAAUGAGCAGAGGUGGAUGUUUGAGCAGCAGGCCCUGCAGGAGUACAUCCUGCUGUGUUGCCAAAACCCGGCUGGAGGCCUGGUGGACAAACCCGGCAAAGCCAGAGACUUCUACCACACGUGUUACUGUCUGAGCGGACUCUCAGUCGCGCAGCACUUUGGAAACCUGCUGUCUCAUCACGAGCUCGUCCUUGGCAAAGAAGAGAACCGCCUGGCUCUCACCCAUCCAGUCUACAACAUGGGUCCAGACAAAGUAGCCCAAGCUCUUCAUCAUUUCCUGCAGUUGCCUGUGCCACUGGAGAAGUCUCCUCAGGCAAAGAAACUGGAGACCUAG